UUCGUUCCUUCUGCAUUGUUUCUGUUUAUUUCGUUUCAGUGUAACGUCGCGUUUAUAAGCCGUCAUAUAAACAUCGCAAAAAGACAGCUGUGCAUAUUUUACAAAAGCAUUAUUAUUGAUCGGAAUAUAUUAUACGUUCGAGAUACAUAUAAUUAUUAUGAUGAUAUAUAUCGUUCUCUCCAAAGGUUGUAAAAAGAGACGAACAAUGAAUGUUAGAAACUAGAAAGUAAUACUGCGUGUCUAUAGAUAUUAGAAGAUUCGUGGAAUUUUUAUAAAAUUGCUUUAAAAUCAAUGUGCAAACUUUACAAGAAGCUGCUUGAUAUUUUUAUUCGAAGAUCGAGUAAAAACUAUUUCGAGAAAUGCAAGUAAUGCAAUUUCCAUUGAAAAUCCUCACAGUAGCGGGAUGUCGGCCACCAAACUCGUGGUCCUCAUUAUGCAAACGGACAAUGUACAAUGCCUAUACAGUUCUCACGUGUUUACUAUUGCUUACCUUCGUGUUACCGCAACUUAUGGACAUUAUUCUGAAUGUCGAUAAUCCCGACGAUUUCACGGAUACUUUUUAUGUAAUGCUGGGCAUGGUGAUUGCUGUCUGCAAGAUGCUCAGUUUAUUAUUAAAUCGCAAGAAUAUCGAGAUGUUAACCGCUACGUUAGAAGAAAAUCCAUUUAGACCUUUAGAAGAAGAUGAAAUCGAGAUUCGACAAAAAUAUGAUAAUAUAGUAUGGACCUAUUCCAUGUUCUACACGAUUUUGGUUGAGAUGACAUGCGGUUGCAUGAAUUUGACAUCUUUAUUUACCGACUUUCGAAAAGGCAAUUUAGCAUAUCGGGAAUGGAUACCCUAUGAGUGCUCUGAUACAGUGUAUUAUUUCACGUACUUUCGCCAAUUAAUAAGCUUGACAGUUGGAUCUAUCGUGAAUGUUGCUUGGGAUAUAACGAUUUGUGGAUUUCUCAUGCAUAUUUAUUGCCAGAUUGAGAUCUUAGAAUGUCGUGUGAAGAAAAGCUUGCGCAAUCGAGACGAUUUGGGUGAAUGUGUGCAUCAGCACAAUCAUAUCUAUAAAUUUGCGCAUAUAAUGAAUGAAAAGUUCAGGAUUAUACUUGCCAUUCAAUUCAUAGCAAGCAUGCUAGUGGUAUGUUCUAAUCUCUAUCGAUUAGCGAAAACCACGCUGAGCUUAAAAUAUAUUCCACUGAUGUCGUACACAAUCUGUAUGGGUAUGCAAAUUUUUAUCUAUUGUUGGUAUGGAAAUGAAGUGAAAUUAAAGAGCAUUCAAUUGUCCGAUGAAAUUUUUGGAAUGGAUUGGGUAACAGCAGACAAGAAAGUAAAAGAGAAUCUUAUAAUAAUUAUGAAUCGCUCUUUGAUACCCAUAGAAUUUUCUAGUGCAUAUAUUAUUACAGUGAAUCUAGAUUCUUUUGUGAAGUUGCUUAAAAUGUCGUAUUCAGUAUUCAAUAUACUUAAACAAACGAGAGAAGAAUAUUGAUGACAAUGUUAUUAAAGAACGAGAACGAAAUAAUAUUUACUAAAUAUGCAGUGCAUAUGUUGUAAAAAAUGUUAGACAACAGUGUAAAAAUAUCUUCGAUGGUAAUCGUAGUUUCUUGCCCAGUUGCAUAUCGUAUAUAUAUUACAUAUAUAAAUAAAGAAAAUAUUAUUUA